AUGUUUACCCUUUUGCAGACAUAAGCAGAGUUGAGCUGGGUGUCAACAAAAUCUGCAUUGAGUUGUUGGUUCACAUGAUGUGAUUUGAGAUUAGCACGUCGUGCCAUGGCCAAUUUUCUGCAGCACCGAAAUGAAAUCGGGCUGCAGAUCCCGUACGUCGAGAGAGACAACAAAGUGACCAUUUACGUGAUCCACGUAACUAUGGGACCAGUCAGAUGGCAGGUAAAGCACAGAUAUAGUGCUUUCGCAGCCCUCCAUGACAUCCUUGUUGCGGACCAUGGCGUGUCCAAAGAACUCCUUCCACCAAAAAAGGUGAUCGGGAACCAGGACCCUGUUUUCAUCGAGAAGAGACGAGCAGCCCUCGAAACCUAUCUGCAGUCCGUGACCAACUUCUUGAAAAUCGCAAUGCCUCAGGAGUUGGCAUACUUUCUGCACUUCCACCAGUACGAGGUGCUCUAUUUGCUGCAGAGCUUGGCCCUCCAGUUCUUCAACGAGGGCGACCUUCUCUUGCAAAACAGCACCUCUUUUAAAUUUACACCACUUCAGUUACACGCUAUCAGUGAAAGACUGCGCCAACCUUGUCCGCCAGUGGACGUUCCGGACAAAAGACUUGACUUCAGCCAUGUUCUGGAUUUUUGCUGCCAGCUCACUAUGGUUGAAGUUGAGGGCAGCAAUUAUCCACUGAACAACAGCAGUCUCAUACCAAAUAAACUGCCCUUCAACCUGAGCGCCUUCAAGAGUGUGCGUCACCUUGUCAUGGGCGAGGUGGACGUCACGCAGAUCAAAGAAGCGCAGAACAUCAGGGCGCACGUCCACUCCCUUGCUGUGCACCACUCGCAAUUGAGAUCCGUGGCCACAAUAGCAAUGUGCGACGCCCUUCACAAAGAUAUCUGCUCGGCCGGAGAGAAUUAUAUUUGGCAUAGAUUGACAGAGUUGGACCUGAGUUUUAAUUAUCUAGAAGAAAUCGACGAGUCGUUUCGUAUAAUGCCCCAUAUUAAGAAGCUGAAGCUCAGCCACAACAAGCUCAACCAAGUCACAGGUCUGACCCACUUGCCCCAGCUCUCAGAACUGAACCUUUCUGCGAACGCCUUCUACUCGAUCAAAGACCUGCACACCUCUUUGGGCAACGUGGUUCACCUCGACUUGUCGGAGAACCACAUAAGUACCUUGGGAGGAUUUUCGAAGCUAUACUCGUUGGAGAGACUUGAACUCGCCAGCAAUGCGGUUUCGGACGUGUCGGAAGCACGCCACCUAAGCGCCCUUCCAAAUCUUGAGUACUUAACCCUGACUGGAAAUCCUGUGUCUACGACUGUAGACUACAGGACGCGUGUUUUGGAGCGGUUUGGAAAUAGGGCUGCUGACAUUUGUCUAGACAAUGAGAAGCCAAAUCAGAAGGAAUUAGAUACUAUUGCAAUACUGCAGGUGCUCAGAGUGGUCAGGGAGGGUAGGACACCCCCUCCGAGGACGCCAAGGUACAGCUAAGAUGGUGUCCAUCAAGUCAUUCCAAAGCUUCCCCACAAAUAUAUUAAUAUUGAUAAUUGUUGGUAUUAACAAAUUUUUCACAUACAUGAUCUAAAUAUCGUUAUUUGUUUUUAACCAGUGCUCCGUUCUCUGUUGAUUUCACGUUGAGUGUACCAAUAUUUAUUAACUUUGUAUUUCGUGUACAACAUAAUAUUAUCUAAAUAAACAAAAUAUUUAAUA